AUGAGUGUCUCUAUCCAGGAAAUCCUAAUUAUGGACAUCAAUGUCAUGAGAGUCAAGUUUGCGAGGAUACAGUUGGAAGCUAGCGGGUACCUAGUUGGAAGCUAUACUUGCAAUUGCACGGCAAAUAUGGAACUCGACUUUGAUCUUGAUGAAGGGAAGGCAAAGUGCGUUUGCAAAGAAGGAUUUGAGAGGUUUAAUAACUCUGCUACUGAGUGUGUUGACAAGGAUGAAUGCCUGAAUCCGAUUGAGGAUGAUUAUAAUAAGUGCCACAAAACCCAACUUUGUGAAAAUACCCUCGGAAGCUUCGAUUGUUAUUGCUCCGAAAGCAUGGAGAAACAAAUCGGCCACGAUUCCUGCAAGUGCAAAGAAGGACAUGAGCCCAUCGAAGAUCUGCCAAAUGAAUGCAAGAUGUUGUUGGAGCCCUGUGCUGCGGGAGAAUAUAGAAUCGAUGGUUCAACAAUUUGCCGACCCUGUGAGUACGGGCACUUUUGUCAGGAAGAUGAAAAGUUUCCUUGCGAAAGGGGCUUUUUUGCAGAUAAGUCUGGCUCCACAAUCUGCACUUAUUGUGGCACAGGAGCAACGACGAAAAACACCGGAUCGACAAAAAGAAGAGAUUGCAUAAUCGGCUCCUAUGGCUUUUUCUCUCCUUUAUUCAAUGUAGAACCGAUGGCUUGUCAAUUUCAGAGCUUUUGCCCAAAAGGGCUGCAAGAAAUGACUCCUUUUUAUCACAACCACAAAGGGGCAAAUAUUUGUCUGAAAAGUGAGACAAAAAUGGCAGUUGGAAAAAUGAAAUUACGAAAAGCUCCUGUUCCCCCUGUCUAUGAUGCCGAGCCUGAAAAUUUCUGCUACAGAGUUUGUCGAGGGAAGCCAAAAUGCGUCGCCUUUUCGAUUUUACUUGAAGACAAGAUUUUCUGCGUGCUCAUUUCUAGCUGA